UAAGCAUCUAUUCUAUUUCUCCGUUGAGUUUGUAAUGGAUUUCAAAUGUUGGAUUUUUGUGUGGACAAUAAUUUGUUGUCGCCCACAUUUCGAAGGUGCUGUAUUUGGAUUUUCUGGAUUUUACGAGGACAAUGGAGUAGAUCAGACGAUUUAUGAAAGUACCAUGGCACGCGACGAUAUCCAUAAAAUCAGAGAACAUAUUUUGGAAAUGGUUGGAUUAAAUAAUCGACCGUAUCCCGAAGGCAACUAUAACAAAACAAAUCUGCCGUAUAAAAAAUCUCAUAAAUCCGUUCCCAAAUUCCUAUGGAAGAUUUAUAAACACUUGAACGAAGAUGAAAAUACGCAAAUACUUCAAAAUGAUAUCAGGCAAAAUUCAAUGAAUGGAAACGAUGAGAUUACGGACGAACAUGCUCAAAUUAUCAAGAAAAGUGACACCAUUAUGACUUUUCUAAACAAUCGUGAUGCAUUUCCAAAUCCAAAAAAUGAAACCCGUUUGACAUUCGACUUAUCUGAAGUUUCGCUUGAUGGCAUUACAUUAUUAAUGAGUGAGUUUCAUCUUUACAAACGGCCAUUACCAGAGAAACACUUGGCUUCGAAACCAUGCUUGAUCACCGUAUAUGCAACGACUGUUGUGGAUGGGGCUAAAGAAUUGCAUGUUAUACAAACGGCUAAAACUACAGUCGGUUUUGAUGGAUGGAUCCAAAUGAAUUUCACCACAAAGCUAAGUGAAUGGAUAACAAAAAAAGAGUCGAGUAACUUGCUGUAUAUAAGAAUUGAAUACGAAGACGAAAUGGGCCAUUGGGAGACGCCAUCUAUUAGUACCAAUUUCUUACUCUGCUAUUCAGAUAAUGAGCUACAGCCCUUUAUCACUGCCUAUUUUGAAAGUGAAAAUCCCGACGGUCAUGUUUUGAAGCAUUCGUCGUUGAAGAAAGUGCCAGCUCCCAGUACGAAUCGUCGUUCAAAGCGCGAUACUCAACAAACAUCGACAAAGAAGCCGAAAAAACAACGACGCCUGCAAGAUGAUGCAAAGUCAUUGCGAUUAAAUCAAUUGCUUAAUGCCGAUAUUAAACCUGAUAAAACGUACAGAAGUUGUUCACGCCAUGCAUUAUACAUUAGUUUUAAGCAGUUAAGCUGGGAUGACUGGAUUUUUGCACCAGCCGGAUAUGGCGCUUAUUAUUGUGCGGGUACAUGUAAUUUUCCGUUUCAGCAUGAUACAGAAGUAACGAUUCAUGCCAUAGUUCAAGAAGUGGCUCAUCUCUUACAAGAUCAUCGCAUUCCGAAGCCUUGUUGUGCCCCGUCGAAGUUGCAACCAUUAUCUCUACUUUAUAUGCAAAACGAAACCAGUGCUAGCAUUAAGAAACACAAAGGAAUGAUUGCUACAAAAUGCGCUUGCCAAUGAAUAAGAAAUGUACAAAAAAAAAACAACAAAAAAAUGAUUAUUAUUAUUAAUACUUUACUGAUUAUUGAUACUUUAAUUAAUUUAAUUCUCGUUUUAAAUGACAUAUUUUUCAGAACAAAACACAACACAUCGACCAUCAAUUUGUUUGUUAAUGGCAAUAUUUUUACUUUUAAAUGCAAAUUAUUUUGAUUAAUGUAUUGAAUAAUGUGAAAAUGUAGUUGAUUUUCUAACUUGGUAGCUAAUUAAUAUGAUUGAUGCACACUGAUGGUGAUGAACGGAGGAGAACAACAUUUUGAUAAUUAAAUUUAUUUUUUCAAACUAUUGUA